AUGACAACGCAGGUCACGACGUUGCUUCCCUACCACCACGUUGACAAAUUGAAGGAGGAGGAUGCCUGGUCAUUGCUCAAGAAACAGAUAGUCUCAAGUGUGACUGAUAUACAUGAGAUAGAUAUGCUCAAGGAUAUUGGCUUGCAAAUUGUAGCAAAAUGUGAUGGCUUGCCUCUUGCUAUCAAAGUAAUGGGAGGACUCUUGUGUCAGAAGGAUAAUCAACACAGUGACUGGAAGAUGGUUCUGGAUGAUUCUAUAUGGUCAGUAUCUGGAAUGCCCAAAGAGCUAAACCAUGCAGUAUAUUUGAGCUAUGAAGAUUUACCUUCUUGCAUCAAACAAUGCUUUCUAUGCUAUUCCCUUCUCCCUAAAGCUGCAAAGUUUCUUAGAGAGGACAUAAUUGGCAUGUGGAUUAGUGAAGGAUUUCUACAUGGACCCUCAGACGACUUAGAAGAAUUAGGAAGAAAGUACUAUAAGGAAUUGAUACAGAGGAACCUUAUAGAGCCAGAUUCAAAGUACAUUGAUCAAUCAUUUUGCAACAUGCAUGAUGUCAUUCGCUCGUUUGCUCAAUUUGUGGCUAGAGAUGAGGCACUAGCAGCUCACAGUGGAGAAAGUAAUAUUGUUAGUAAACUUAGUGCACAUAAGUUUCUUCGGUUGUCGCUAGAAAGCAAAGCAUCAGGAUCAGAUGGGUUAGACUGGAGUUCUUUACAAGCGCAAACCACACUGAGAACACUAAUAUCAGUUGGCCGUAUAAAUGUGAAGCCUGGUAAUUCAUUGGUUCAUUUUUCAUGUCUGCGGACUCUGCAUAUAGAGUCUGCGCAUGCUGCGCUGGUUGAAUCUUUGCAUGAAUUCAAGCACUUGAGGUACUUGUCUUUGGAACGGUCUGAUAUAUGCAGUCUUCCAGAAAGCAUUGGUAAAAUGAAAUUCUUGCAGUACAUUAGCCUGAGAGGAUGCCAACAAUUUGUGGAUCUUCCGCAUAGCAUUGUAAAGUUAGGACACCUAAGGUACCUUAACUUCCAGAAAACAAGUAUAAAUGGCAUACCUAGGGGCUUCUGUGUUCUGACAAAUUUGAGGAAUGUAAAUGGAUUUCCGGCCCGGGUGGAUGGUGAUUGGUGCAGUUUGGAAGAGUUGGGCCCUCUUUCUCGGCUCAAGUAUCUUGAAAUACAGGGGUUGGAGAAUGUAACUGAUUCCUCAUUCGCAGCAAAGGCAAAGCUUGUUGAGAAGGUGCAUCUUACCAACCUAUGCUUAACCUGUGGUAGUAGAUUGGGGGAUGACGAGCUGAUUGAAGAAGAGACCCAACAAAUUGAGAAGGUGUUUGACGAACUCUGCCCUCCUCCCAGCUUAAGUUUUCUUGCCAUCGAAGGAUAUUUUGGCCGACGACACCCAAAGUGGAUGAUGUCAUCAUCAGAUAUGCCCCUCAAGAACUUGAGGAUUCUGAUGGCUGAAGAUCUGGCUUCGUGCACACAACUUCCUGAUGGCUUGUGUCAGCUUCCUUAUUUGGAGUUCCUUCAGAUUGACCGUGCCCCAGCCAUCAAGCGUGUUGGACAUGAAUUCCUGCAGUCCUAUCAUCACCAGAAUCCUCGUCCUUCCGAGGCGGUGGUUUCAUUUCUGAGAUUGCACACAAUGAAGUUAAUGGGCUUGGUGGAAUGGGAGGAGUGGAAGUGGGAGGAGCAAGUGCAAGCCUUUCCUGCCCUGACUGAACUUAUUCUGUUUGAAUGCAAUUUGAAGCGUCUUCCUCCUGGCCUUGCCUCCCAGGCAAGGGCUUUGAAGGUAUUAUCCGUACAGCAGGUCAAGGGUCUCAUCUCUCUAGAGAACAUUGCUUCCCUGAUCGAGCUGCAAGUAAUUGAAAACUUCCACUUGGAGAGAAUCACUAAUCUCCCCAGACUGCAGAAGCUUACCAUCACCCGCUGCCCAAAGUUGAAGGUGCUGGAGGGUGUUCCUGCACUACAGAGGCUCAUGCUCGAGGACGACUACAUGGAGACACUCCCAGAAUACAUGGGAAGUAUAAACCCAAGACGUUUGGAGCUCUACUGCAGCCUGGCGCUGCUUGCUUCCAUGACAGUGGCACAAUCUGGACUUGAGUGGGACAAGUUCAGCCAUAUUGAGCAUGUCAAGGCAUAUGCACAUGAAGGAGAUAAUCCAAGGAAAUGGUAUGCAUUGUACACAACUAAUCCCUACAACUUGGAGACAAAUGUCAGCAGCUCUGCUUUGAUGUAUAGAGGAACCUUAUUUUCUUUGGAGGAUGCGCAAACAUUUGAGUCUGCCUUCAAAAUGACAAGAAGAACCUUUAGGUAUAUCUGCAGCUUGGUGAGUCUGGAAUUGAAUUAUAUGACAUGCUACACCUUUGCUGAUGGGAGGGAGCUGUCUUUACAAGAUCUAGUAGCCAUUGUUCUCAGAAGGUUGUACUCUAGUGAGCCACCGGAGACGAUAGGAUCCACUGUUGGUGUGAACGAGUCAACCGUCUUGUUGGUAACUGAGAGCUUUGUUGCUGUGUUGUGCGAUCGAGCAAAGCAUCACUUGCUUUGGCCAGACUCCAGUGAAAAGGAUAAAAUCAAAUCCAUGUUUGACAAGAUCCACAAUAUGAAUAACUGCUGCUGUGUUAUAUGUACAACUCGCAUCCCAUUUGGACCAACCCGCGACAGUGAGAAUAAUUGCAGUGUUAUAAUGCAAGUCAUCGUUGAUCCAGAGAUAAGGUUCACAAACAUUUGGUUGACAUUGACAGGUAGCAUGAACCUCUCUAGCAUUUGGCCAGAAUGUCAUCCGAAUCAGGAGAUCCACAGAAGGACCAUGAGGUGGAAGGGAAGCCGACAUCCUGCUGGUUGGAGCUUUUGAAUGCAUGAAAGAGCCGGCGUCGCAAUGGAGCCAAAGAUUACAUCGAUGCUGCAAACAUGAACUGAACACAACAUUUUGUAUUUCUUGUCAUCUGUCUGUUUGGCACAGACGAGUUUUGUUAAGCAGUCUGAACUUUGUGUAUCGGUGACAAGCUUUAAAAUGGCAAUGUAGCUGUGGAAUU